AUGAAGGGCAUUCAAGUUAAAGAAUACGUCAAGUCUCCAACAGAGCUCAAGGUGUCUGAACUGCCGGACCCCGUGCCCAAAGAUGACGAGUAUCUGAUCGAGGUCCGCGCCGCUGCGACCAACUUCUUCGAUGUCCUCCAGAUUGCUGGCAAGUACCAGAACCAGCCACCUUUCCCAUGGGUUGCCGGCGCCGAGUUCGCUGGCGUCGUCAUUUCCACGCCCAAGGGGUCCGAGAACCCCAGGUUCCCCAAGGGAGCUCGAGUUUUUGGCGCUUCGCAGGGAGCAUACGCCACCAAGUGUGUUGCGAAGGAGGCGUCUCUGCUGCCUGUGCCCGAGGGCUGGUCGUUCACCGAGGCGGCCGGCCUGUUCAUCACCGCUCCCACCAGCUAUGGCGCUUUGGUAGUCCGAGCCAAUGUGAAGCAGGGCGACUAUGUCUUGGUUCACGCCGCCGCGGGCGGUGUCGGCUUGGCUGCUGUUCAAGUCGCCAAAGCAUUUGGUGCCACAGUCAUCGCCACUGCUUCUACGCCCAGAAAACUAGAAGUUGCCAAGUCCUUUGGUGCAGACCACGUGCUCGAUUACAAGGACCCCGAGUGGCCUGCCAAAGUCAAGAAGCUGACUCCCAAGGGCCGCGGAGUCGACAUUGUCUACGACCCCGUUGGACUGGUGGACAAGUCCACCAAGUGCACCGCGUGGAACGGCCGGAUUCUGAUUGUUGGCUUCGCCGGCGGCGCCAUCGAAAAGGUCGCCAUGAACAAGGUUCUCCUCAAGAACAUUUCCCUCGUGGGCAUCCACUGGGGCGCGUACAGCAUCAACGAGAGGGAAACCGUCCCCGUCGUAUGGCAGGGCAUCACAAAGCUCGUCAAGGAGGGCAAGCUUCGGGGAACGGAAUUCACAGACGAGGAGUUUGUCGGAUUAGAUAGAGUCAAGGAUGCGCUGGUCGCGUUGUCGGGGCGUGGGACUUGGGGAAAGGUCGUUGUCAAGGUACCACAGGAAGGCGGUAGCCGGUUGUAA